CAGCGACGGUUGCCGAGAGACUGAUGCGUGCGAGUGCUGUACCUCGCUGCGGCGAUACUGUACGGCCGGGUAGUUCAGCCACGCCCCUUUCCAGCUCCCAUUCCGCGCGUCCGCUCCCGUCAACGUAAACAUCGACUAGGUACAGCACCCACACGCUUCAGUCUCUCGGCAACCGCGCAGCGGAAUGUCCAGGCGUUCACAGCUUUAUUCAAGUAAGCUUUUUUUUAAUAGUGGUGUUCACU